AUGCCGUCUACUUUUGAUGCGGUCGACGAAAAGUCGCCUACUCAUCAGGGCAGCAUCCAUUCCGACUCGACAUCGAUGGCCAGCGACUACGAAAAACAGCGGGAAGACCUGCGCAACGCCAACCCGCAGGGCAUGACCUCGGUCCAGACCGGCGUGGAUGUGGAGAAAGCCGAGCAGGACUUUGCUGAACUAAACAGGCAGCUUUCCAGCAUCUCCCACACAGCUCGCCAAGUAUCGCGGCUGGAGUCACGCCCCUCGAAGCGUUCCGUGGCGAUUCAUGAUGUGGAAAGAAGGGGGAAGUUCGGUCGAUUCGGACGAUUCACUUUCCCUAAUGCCAUUAUUGACUUUUUCAAUGUCCCGAAAACGAUAAUGAACAUCUUGGGCUGGGGCAAUAAGGCGAAUGAGUACAAGAUCCUGGACGGUUUCCGGGGUGUCGUUCGCCCCGGCGAAAUGGUCCUGGUCCUGGGCCGGCCAGGCUCAGGCUGCACCACCUUCCUGAAAACCAUUGCCAACCAGCGUGUUGGAUACUCGGGAGUGGAUGGAGAAGUUCUAUAUGGCCCAUUCGAUUCAGAUACCUUUGUGAAGAGAUUCCGAGGCGAGGCCGCUUACAACCAGGAAGAUGAUGUGCAUUACCCGACCUUGACAGUGACCCAGACCUUGGGAUUUGCAUUGGACACGAAAACCCCCGGGAAGAGGCCACACGGUAUCAGCAAGGCUGAAUUCAAAGAGAGGGUGAUCAAGAUGCUCUUGAGAAUGUUUAAUAUCGAGCAUACAGCGAACACCAUCAUUGGAAACCAGUUUAUUCGUGGAGUGAGUGGUGGUGAGCGAAGACGCGUGAGUAUCGCUGAAAUGAUGAUCACCAGUGCGACAGUGCAUGCUUGGGAUAACAGUACUCGUGGUCUCGAUGCAUCCACGGCCCUCGACUUUGCGAAAUCCCUCCGAAUCCUGACCAACAUCUACAAAACUACAACCUUUGUGUCGCUGUACCAAGCCUCCGAGUCUAUCUACAAACAGUUCGACAAAGUGCUCGUAAUUGACAGUGGGCGGUCGGUCUUCUUUGGACCUGCCAAUGAAGCACGAUCCUACUUCGAAGGCCUUGGGUUCCGAGAAAAGCCGCGACAGACCACUCCCGACUACCUGACUGGCUGCACUGACCCUUUUGAGAGGGAGUUCAAGGAUGGCCGAAGUUCCGAGGAUGUCCCAACGACCCCUGAGGCUCUUGCAGAGGCCUUCAAUUCAUCAGUCCACAACGAAAAGCUUGUGCAAGAUAUGGACGCCUACCGAGCGCAGAUCGAACACGACAAGCAGGUCUACGAAGAUUUCGAAAUCGCAAACCGCGAGGCCAAGCGGAAAUUCACUUCUCCUUCUUCAGUUUACUCCAUUCCAUUCUAUCUUCAGGUCUGGGCGUUGAUGCAGCGCCAAUUCUUGAUCAAAUGGCAGGACAAGUUUGUCCUGAUUGUUUCAUGGGUGACGUCUACGGGCAUCGCUAUCAUUCUCGGAACCGUGUGGCUUAAGUUGCCCAAAACCAGCGCCGGCGCAUUUACUAGAGGAGGUCUUCUUUUUACCAGUAUGCUCUUCAACGGGUUUCAAGCGUUCUCAGAACUGGCGUCGACUAUGAUGGGGCGCUCUGUGAUCAAUAAACAUCGCCAAUUCACAUUCUACCGACCAAGCGCCCUGUUCUUAGCACAGAUCUUUGUCGACACGACCUUUGCAAUGUUCAGGAUCGUUAUCUUUGCCAUUAUCGUCUACUUCAUGUGUGGUUUGGCACUCGAUGCCGGCGCUUUUUUCAUCUUCGUUCUCAUAUUGCUGACCGGCUACGUCUGCAUGACGGUUUUCUUCAGAACCAUCGGGUGUAUUAGCCCGGACUUUGACUACGCUAUGAAGUUUGCGGCCGUUCUGAUCACCUUGUUUGUGCUCACUUCCGGUUAUCUUAUUCAGUGGUCGGCUGGUCAAGUUUGGCUUCGGUGGAUUUACUACGUGAAUCCAUUCGGUCUUGGAUUUGCGUCUUUGAUGGUGAAUGAGUUUGACCGCCUAACGAUGACUUGCACAUCGGACUCUUUGGUGCCUCACGGCCCUGGUUACAAUGACAUUGCCAACCAAGCCUGCACGCUGGCCGGUGGAGAUCCGGGAUCGGCGAUUAUUCCCGGUUACAGAUACCUCGAGGAAACAUUUAGCUAUUACAAAGGAAACCUUUGGCGGAACUUUGGCAUUAUGCUUGCUCUCAUCGUCCUCUUUCUGUCUAGCAAUCUUUAUCUUGGCGAGAAGGUCCAAUUCGAUGCAGGUGGCAAAACUAUCACUUUCUUUCAGAAGGAAAACAAGGAGCGCAAGAAACUGAACGAAGCCUUGGCGGCGAAGAGAGCCAAGCGACAAACCAAGACUGUGAAUACCGGAGAGAAUCUCAAGAUCAGCUCUACGGCUGUUUUCACUUGGGAAGACGUCUGCUACGAAGUUCCUGUCCCAUCCGGAACUCGGCAGCUCCUCGAUCAUGUGUACGGGUAUGUCCAGCCAGGGAAACUGACGGCCCUCAUGGGAGCGUCUGGUGCAGGAAAGACCACUUUACUGGAUGUGCUUGCCGCACGAAAGAAUAUUGGCGUGGUGACUGGCUCUAUUUUGGUCGAUGGAAAACCGCCCGGCACCUCUUUCCAGCGAGGAACGUCUUACGCGGAGCAGCUCGACACUCACGAGGCUAUGCAAACCGUGCGAGAAGCGCUACGGUUCUCUGCCAAUCUCCGCCAGCCAUUCGAGACCCCGACUGCAGAGAAGUACGCCUAUGUUGAAGAGAUCAUCAGUCUUCUUGAACUCGAAAAUCUGGCCGAUGCGAUUAUCGGAACGCCGGAGACCGGUCUUUCUGUGGAAGAAAGAAAGCGGGUCACGAUUGGUGUUGAACUGGCUGCCAAGCCAGAACUUCUGCUUUUCCUGGACGAACCGACAUCCGGCCUUGACAGCCAGUCGGCGUUUAAUAUCGUGCGAUUCUUGAAGAAAUUAGCAGCAGCUGGCCAAGCUAUUCUCUGCACCAUCCACCAACCGAACUCAGCACUCUUUGAGAACUUCGACCGGCUUUUACUGCUCCAAAGGGGCGGCGAAUGUGUAUAUUUUGGGGAAAUUGGCCAUGACUCUACCGUUCUCCUGGAUUAUUUCCGUCGCAAUGGUGCAGAAUGCCCACCUGAUGCCAACCCCGCCGAAUGGAUGCUCGAUGCCAUUGGUGCAGGCCAAUCACGAAGACUUGGCAAUGUUGAAUGGGGCGAGGCAUGGCGUAGCUCUCCUGAGCUGGCGCAACUGAAGCAAGAUAUCAUUCAAAUCAAAGAAGAACGAGCUCAAAUUACUCGAGACCAGGCCAAUCUUACUCGACCAGAGGUGGAGAGGGAAUAUGCGUCACCUUUGUGGCAUCAGAUCAACGUCGUUGCUCGCAGAACUUUCCGUUCUUUCUGGCGGUCCCGGAACUACGGCUUCACUCGGCUCUUCACCCACGUAGCUCUUUCCUUGAUCACUGGACUCGCGUUCUUGAAUCUCGACGAUUCCCGCUCUUCGUUGCAGUACCGAGUUUUUGUGAUUUUCAACGUCACCGUCCUCCCCGCCAUCAUUCUGCAACAGGUUGAACCACGAUUCGACGGAGCCCGGCUGAUUUUCUAUCGUGAAUCCGCCUCCAAGACAUACAGUCAAUUCGCUUUUGCUCUCUCCAUGAUAAUCGCGGAGAUCCCGUACAGCACUAUCUGUGCCGUUGCCUUCUUCCUGCCGCUGUACUAUAUUCCGGGCUUCCAAACCGAGUCGAGCCGAGCGGGGUACCAGUUCUUCAUGGUCCUCAUCACCGAGUUCUUCGCCGUGACACUCGGCCAGAUGAUCUCAUCCCUGACGCCGAAUAGCUUCAUUGCUGCGCAACUGAACCCGCCUUGCACGAUCAUAUUCUCGCUGUUCUGCGGCGUGACCAUUCCCAAGCUCUCGAUGCCCAAGUUUUGGCGCGUUUGGCUCUACCAGCUUGACCCUUUCACUCGGCUAAUCAGUGGCAUGACCGUCACCGAGCUCCAUGGUCGCAAGGUGGUCUGCAAUCCGAACGAGUACAACCGCUUCCCUGCGCCUGGAAACCAGACCUGCGGUGAAUACAUGCAGCCUUUCUUCGAGCGGGGUGGGAAUGGCUAUUUGCUGGAUAAUGCGACUCAGUCAUGCCAAUAUUGUGCAUACAAGGUUGGGGAUCAGUUCUACGCUGGUUUCGAGAUGCACUUCGAUAACAGAUGGCGUGAUUUGGGGAUCUUCAUUGCUUUCGUAGGGUCUAAUAUGAUUAUUCUCUUCUUAGCGUCUCGUUUCUUGAACUACAACAGACGGUAG